AUGACGGACGCCAUUGACGUGACAACAUACAGCGACGACAAGUGCCUUGGGCAACCCGCCCCGUCCCUCGCCGCCCUCGAGCCCAUCCGCGGCGGCAGCGUGGCGAUUGAGGCCGGCAAGGUGUACGUGCUGUACUUCUUCAACACCUUCUACCGUGGGGCGGACCCCGUCAACGAGGAGCUCACGGUGCUCUCAGAGAAGUAUGGCGAUCGCGUCGUGUUUGUUGCCAUCAGCAACGACGCCGAUAAGGAAAAGACGGAGAAGUACCUCGGAAAGAACAUCGUUGAUGAGAACACCAAGAAGCCACUCCGUCUCGCCCCACCCCACAUUCUCUUUGAUGAUAAGAAGGCAACCGGCAAGGCCUACGCCACAGUGGCGAAUCUCUCCGUCAUGUCGUGCCCAAUGGCCUUUAUCGUGAAGGCCGACGGCACCAUCGCGUGGCGCCAGCAAUUCCUGCAGACAUUCACUAUCACGCAGUCGAACUUCGAGGCGCAGCUGCAGCACGUGCUCGCUGGUGAGGAACUCGAGAGCAACGGACCGCGUCCCGCCGUCCAGAUUGAAGAGGAGGCCGCGGAGGUCGAGGAUGAGAUGUCACUUUUCUAA